UCUGCCUCUGAUGAGUUUUAGAAUGAGCAGUACCACUAUCUCCAUUUUUCAUAAAAUUCACCACAAUCUUUCACUUCGCCUCGCUCCUUCGUUCGUUCGUUCCUAAAUCGUGGAGCGCAGAAACAGAGGAAACUCCUCCGAUUUUUAUUCCCAACAUUCCUUACAUGUAACCCUUUCCCCUUUUGCAUUGCACCCAUGAUUCUCAUUUCUCUCCUCUCUACUACAAUUUACAAUUACAACUCUCACAAUAUUAUUAUUAUUUUACUAUCUCUCCGCUCCCAUGUUCUUUCUUAAUUCUUCGAUUAAUUGAAUCAAAUAAAUCAUCAUCAUCACUGUAACAUUUCUGGAAUAAUGGCGAGGAAAACUUCUUCGUCGUCGACAUUUCGUUACGUUCAACCUCGGUAUUACAUUAAGAGACCUAAACGACUUGCAUUCGUCAUUCUCCUUUGCAUCUCCAUUGCAUGGUUUGUCUAUGACCGUCAAUUACUCAAUAAAGAGCAUCAGCAAGAUAUUUUCAAAUUAAAACAAGAGGUUACCCGCUUGCAAAAAACUCUCGAAGAUAUGAAGGGAAAUAUGAAUGGCUCAGAAGAAAGUAUCCAAACUGAUCAAAAAAUCAAUAAAUUCAAAACCGGUGUUUCUGUUGUUGAGGAGGAUGAUCCUAUUAGCUUACAACGAAGAGAGAAAGUUAAAGAAGCUAUGCUUCAUGCAUGGACAUCUUAUGAAAAGUAUGCUUGGGGCAAGGAUGAACUUAAGCCACACUCAAUGAAUGGUGUUGACAGUUUUGGCGGUCUAGGUGCAACUUUAGUUGAUUCUCUUGACACAUUAUUUAUAAUGGGCCUUGAUACCCAAUUCCAAAGAGCUAGAGAGUGGAUUGCGAAAUCAUUGUAUUUCAAAAAGAACAUCGAAGUUAGUGUGUUUGAGACAACCAUAAGAGUUUUGGGCGGACUUCUUAGUGCUUAUGAUCUCUCUGGCGACGAAGUCUUCCUUGAAAAGGCUAGAGAUGUUGCAGAUAAGCUGCUGCCUGCUUGGGAUACACCUUCAGGAAUCCCUUACAACAGAAUUAACUUGGCUUAUGGCAAUACAAAUAACCCUAGGUGGACACGGGGGAACAGUAUUCUUGCAGAUUCUGGUUCAGAGCAGCUUGAAUUUAUUGCUCUCUCUCAAAGGACAAAUGAUCCAAAGUACCAGGAAAAGGCUGAGAAGGUCAUCAAAGAGCUUCAUAGAAGUUUUCCCGAGGAUGGGUUGCUUCCCAUAUAUCUUAAUCCACUAACUGGAACUAAAUCAGCUGGUGCAAUUACAUUUGGUGCUAUGGGUGAUAGCUUCUAUGAGUAUCUGCUCAAGGCCUGGAUACAAGGAAACAAGACUGAAGUAGUAAAGUUUUAUAGGGAAAUGUGGGAAACAUCAAUGAAAGGUCUGCAAAGUUUGGUUAAGAAGUCAACACCGUCAUCUUUUGUGUACAUAUCUGAGAAACUUGGAAAUGCACUCUUUGACAAGAUGGAUGAAUUAGCAUGUUUUGUUCCUGGAAUGCUGGCUUUGGGAUCUUCUGGCUACGGCCCUGGAGAAGGCGACAAAUUUAUGGCUCUUGCAGAGGAGCUUGCAUGGACCUGCUACAAUUUUUACCAGUCUACUCCAACUAAAUUAGCGGGGGAGAACUAUUACUUCCGCAAGGGAGAGGAUAUGAAUGUUGGUACCUCAUGGAAUAUCCAAAGACCUGAAACAAUUGAGUCACUAUUCUACCUCUGGCGUUUCACUAGAAACAAAACAUACCAAGAAUGGGGUUGGAAUAUUUUCCAAGCAUUUGAAAAGAACUCUCGCACUGAGACAGGAUAUGUUGGACUCAAAGAUGUAAAUACAGGUGACAAAGACAAUAUGAUGCAGAGUUUCUUCCUGGCAGAAACCCUCAAGUACCUCUAUCUCUUGUUUUCACCUUCUUCAGUUAUCUCUCUUGAUGAAUGGGUGUUCAACACCGAGGCACACCCUUUAAGAAUUGUGACUAGAAAUGCUCAUCAAGAAGGACAGAGUAUGGACCAAGAGGAAAAAAUUCCCCGUCAUUUGCACGGUAGGAAAGAAGGUCGACUUGAUUACUAGUUAAGGGUUGCUGCUUUAUGAUUGUAAUAAGCAAACCCUGAAGGUAUGCAUGACUUCCCUACUCUCAAAUAUCCAAGACUUCUUGGUGCUUCGUGACGACCCUUGCCACUGUCUUGCACGAAAGUGAUCCACCAUUUUGAUUGAUGCUUGCGGAGGGGUGAUUUGUCCUGCUCUAUCAACAUACAGGUGGUUUGUUUGUCAUCUCCAAUCUGAAGUUAUGCGGGUAAUGUGGUAAAGAUACUUAGAAGAUUAUUUCCUUGCUGUAGUGGUAGGAUAAAUGUGGGUGUAAAGGCCUAUGUAGAUAUCAAAACCUCUUUACUUACUAAGUUACUAUUUUGAUUUUUUUUUUUUGUACUUGUAAAUUCUUGUAUAUCAUCAAUUGACUGACCACUGACAGGAACGUGGUGCAAUAUGAGAUAUCAGUUCUGAAACUGUAAGAUUAUCUGGCUCUUCCAAUUCAAGAUUGGGCCAAUUUGAGUUUGUGUGUUAAAAUCUCCUGAUAUCAAUGCUCUAGAAA